UUGAGGAGGCCUGGAGGGGACGCGGGGAGCCCCAUGGGGAAUUUGGCUGUGGCGAGGCCUGCGAGAGGCUCCGGCGGGGAGCUGCGUUUAACGCGGCCUCCCUCCGCUGCCCGCCGCCCUUCGGAGGCGCCGGCAGGGCCCCCUCCUUGGCCCUGGGAUCCUGCUCCUAGCUGGCGUCUGCUGCUAAGAGAAACGCUGUUGCCUGUGCAAUGAAACAGGAGCGAGUGCUUGCAAGGGUAGCCAUGAUGCCUACAUAUUCCAUGAUGGGGCCUUUCAAAGGACACAUGAGUCUCAAAAGUAGCCCUUUUUCUCCUGGAUCUUCCUGCAAGCUCUCAAAUCAGUACAUCAUUCAAGAUCACAUGGCUGCUCAUUACAGGAAACUAAUGUCUGCCAAAGCUGCUGUUGAUUUAUCUGCACCAAAGAGUUUGCAUACCAGUGUUAAAUACAAUGAUCAACAGAAAAGAGACAGACUGAUUCAAGCCCUUGAAAACUAUAAGAAGGAUCAUGUGCGUAGUCUUUCAGCUUCACCCUUCACCUCUAGAAGUGUUUCUCCAGGUCAGCAGAAGAGAAGUAGGUCACUGUUGGCAAAGAGUCAUCUGUAUUUGCAGUUUGGUCAGAACAACUGCUCCCUGACAAAGAGAGAGCAGCCUCCCUUUGUGCCUUUUCAGAAGCUCCCUUCAAGAACUCUGUCACCAGCUUUUACUGCAAGAAAAACUAUCCAAAAUCCUGCUCAGGAUGUUUUGUCUGAAACUCAUGUUCAUGAAGCUAAUACAGGCAGAUUAUCUGCUUCACCACUCCGGCCGUCUCAUAUACGUGUGAGCAGUUGCAGCAGGAAAAAGACAUUUCAAAAUUCUUUUAAUAAAACCUACUCUGGAGACCUCCUUGACAAACAUUCAGUUUGCUUCACAGAAAAAAAACAUUUUACUCCUCGAAUCUUAAAGAGAUCACACCAGUCUGUUCUUGUAAAACAUAGAUAUUAUAAUCCUCCUCACAAAAAGAAAAACUUGUCACCUGGCAGACCAUCACUGAAAUCAGUGGAUGUUGACAGUGAAAAGAAAGGAGAUUUACGCAGUUUUUUAGAAGAUGCACUUGUGAGACCACAACUGAAUCACUUCUGCGAGAAGCCAGUUGAGAACUAUGAAUUAUGGUUUACUGAUUCUGACAUGUCACUUUCUCCAAGAUCACAACUUCAGGAAAAAGCAGACUAUUUUUGUUUUCUUGAAGAUCUGACAAACGAUAUUUUGAUUAGAAGAUGUUAUCACAAAGCGGCAUUAGAAGAUGUAUUUCAAACGCACAUUAAAAGUAAGAGGCAUAACCUUGAUGAGGUAAAAAUGAGAAGGAUAGUUCAAAGCCUGAAGAAAGAGCUGAACAUCACAAAGCAGCCAGACCUUCCCAUCAGCUGUAACAGCAGACAAAAUGAUGCCAGCAUUGCUGCCACGUGCUUUUAGCCUACAAUUUUUGGCAUUUCAGAGAGCAUUCAAAAUUAGUGAGGACAGCAAAUUAGAUUAUACAAACACCAAUUACAACGUAAAACUUGGGCAAACAUGCAAAUGAGGAGGAAAUGCAUCUUCCUGUGAUAAAACAUAGUAUUACUAUGACAACAAUCAGGUUAACACGCUAAGAACAGUAUCAGAACACCAAAAAUGGCAUUUACACAGGGACUUUCACAAAUUAAAAUAAAAAGCCGGAUGCAGUUAUCUUCUCAUUUGUUACUGAUAGCUGACACUGACAAAAUGCUUUCUAUGUAAUCUUCUUACUAUGAAUUCUGAUUAGACAUUUUUAUGUUAUCCUUCUACACACUUGAUUUACAGAUAGGUUGCAAAUUAAGUUUUUCAUACAAUUUUCAGAAACCUAAAUGAAUUGUGACCCGAAGUCUCACUGAUUUAAAACAGGAUUGAGAAUACUAAGUCCCAUUUUCAAGUCAUUUAGGUAUUAACCUAAGUAAUUUAUGAUUUCUUAAAUAUCUUUGUUAACUAGUAUGCCAAAAACUAAGAUUAGAUAGUACUACAGUACAUACAAGUAACUGAAAAUAAUAGGUAUUUUGAUCUUUCAAGAUUUAUCCACUUCACUUAUCAAAGUCUAAACACUUACAAAAUAGUCCAGAGGUGUUGGACUAGAUGAUGUCCAGAGGUCCUUUCGAACCUCAUUCUGUGAUUCUGUGCAAAUUUGGGGAUAAAUAAAACACUCCUGUAUUAUUUCUAUUGUCUGUUACCGCUAUGCUUUCACAUUCAUAUUUCUAUCAAAAGAGUUGCUUCAAAAUUAUUUUUUAAAAAUUGAUACACUUUUACAUAUGAUCCCCAAAUAAUUUGUAGACACAAAAUGCUAUUGGAAAUAUUUAACUUUUAUGAACAGAUUUCUUGGUAUACUGGCAGAAGACAGGGCAUUCAAGAUGCAUUAUUUAAGACAGAUCUUCAGUUUUCCUGGAAGAGUCUCCAGGCAUAGUGCCAUAAGAAUUGCUUUAAUUACCUAAUACUUUAGUGAACAAACAACUAGAGAAGCUUUAGAAAAAGUCACAAGAUCUAUUGACCUGAUCCCAACCAUAGACGCAUGCAGUCCUGAAGCAUAGCCUGUAUACAAAGUUUUUGUUCAUUUUAACUAUACGAAAUACUUUAGUUUGUGUUAUUCUGUUUAGCAUGAUUCAUUUAGGGCAAAAGCUGAAUGUCUUUAAAGAUCUGACUGAUGAGUAGAUUAAUUUGCUGUUCUCAUAAUCUGUGUUCAAAUGGAAUAGGCUGUAAGCAAGGCGCAUAUAUAUGUUAAUAGAGAAAACCACCAGAGUGUAAAACUGAUUGAAUUUUAUCUAUAUUAUCUUUGUAUCAUUAGGGAAAUAUUUGUUGUACCUUAAAAGCUUAACUUAGAAUAAAAUCAUUUUCUUUCACUUAAGCUAAGAAAUCUCUUUCGAGGAGUAAAAGAUGCUAUCAACUUAUAUUGAAAGGGGAAAGUAGAUCUAAUACAAAAGUAACAUGAAAAUGUCUCUCUGUAGUGCAACUUGAAGUCUUACGGCACUACUGCUCAUGUAGAGGAGCUUGAUUUUUCUAAUAACUGGGGGGAAUAGGCAAGCAUAAUCCAUGUGAGUUAUUGGAAAAGUAGCUUCUGUUCAGUUGAAUUAAUUUAGUUGAUGUUACACUUUUCUCUCCCAUAGAAUAUCUCUGGGCCACUGAGCAAGCGUAGUUAGAUCUUUAAAAUGAACACGCACCAGCUUGUCAUGGUGAGCUUAUCUGUAAUGAAUCAUCCUAAAUUCAACUGCAGAAUCAUGAAUUAGACAGUUAUUUAUUUAUAUUGGUGAUACCAUAAUUUUAGAUGCCAUUUCCAGGUGAGUCACUGCUACCUCUACUUUCUUUUGGGAUCUGAAAUAGGAUUUUUCUUGGAUGAAAAGGGACUAACUCAAGGCUUCAUACCUAGAAUCUUCUUGACACCUGACCCUUUUUUCCCUAACAUAUUCACUCUUGUUAUCUCAGUUUUAAGUUAGUUUUCUGCCAUGAAUUUCAUAUGAAGUGACAAGUUUGAGGCCAAGAAUUGUCAGGGUGAAGGAGAUGACUUUCCGCAGAGAAUCAGCAGAGAGCCAUUACAGGUAUAACUAGCACUGCUUGUUGUUAUGGUGUACUUUCCAGACAGGCACCCUGGUUGCCAGCCCCAGCUUGCUGAGGAUUACUAACUCACCAAGGGCCAUUUUGAUGAGGUAAAGAUUAAAGUUGCAAGACCUUAAACUAUGCCCAAAGCGAGUGUAUGCCAGCAAGUACCAAGAGAUGGACUGACAGAUGCUUAGUUGGUCAUCUUUGGAUUUGUGUGGAUCAGGUCUCCUCUCUCUUUGUACAAUGUUAUUCCAUCUGGAAAAAAAGGACACCAAGACAGAGUGCACUAUACUUGUACACUGAAUGCAAUUUAUAUCUGGUUAUAUAUUUAUUUUUACAAUUACAGAUAAAGAUGGUGCCUUGUUUUUCUAUCAUCCAAUACUGUUUGCCUAAUAUUUUUACAGAUAGUCUGGUAAAUUUCAUUUUCCAUCUGUAGAUCCCCUUUUGUAAAGCAAAUUCAGAAUCAUUUAUUUUGGAAAUGGAAUGUAGUCUGUGAAGGGAUGGCAACAAUGCAAUGUAUAGUUUACUUUUUCUCCCGGUUAGUUUUUUCAACACAUUUAAAAGAAUUAUUUACAGAAAAUUCUACAGAAUAUUAAUUAUAUUACCUAUAUGUUCCUUAAUUAUCAUUCCACAAGUUUUAGUGUUCAGUAAAUAUUUAAGAAGAUAUGCAGAACUAAUAUAUUGUUAAUCAUUUGAUAAGAAAAAACAGUGCCCACUAUAUUGUUUUGAUAUUUAUUUGAGAAACCAGUUUUUGAACUUCAGUUAUUUUGUGUUGAGAUUAAAUCCACACAAAUUUACUGCACCUUACAGUUUUCUUGUUCAUGUUGCUCAGGUAGUGUUUGUGCAUUUAGGGAAUUUUUGGCUUUGGGCACUGUAUGACUUUCACUAAUAUUAUCAGAAACAUUUUUUGUGGAUUGCUUAUAUGUGCAAAGUGGCGAUCUUGAAGUAGACUUCAUUAGUGGAAAAACUGUUCCUCCUUGGGACUGCUGCUCAUCGUUUACCUGUAACACAAACACAUCCUGUUGGUUACUUGGUAAUGGAAAACCUUGCUAGCUUUCUGCAGUAGGUCAAAAGACUCUCUGCAAAAGACUUACUGUUGUGAAUAUGCAAAAAUAUAUACCUACGAAUUAAAAAUAAAGUAUUUUGAAGAUGUUUAUUA